AUGAAAAGCAAGUUCGCAUCCGCAGAUGCAAUUGAAGAAAGCAGCAGCAGUAAUGGAGCUAUGAGCAACGAGAAGAAGAGUUGUGCCAUUUGCGGUACAAGCAAAACCCCUCUUUGGCGAAGCGGUCCAGCCGGUCCAAAGUCGCUGUGUAACGCAUGCGGGAUCAGAAACCGGAAGAAGAGACGAACGGUGAUUGGAAACAGAUCGGAAGAUAAGAAGAAGAGUCAGUCGAGAAAUCCCAAGCUUGGUGACUCGUUGAAGCAGAGGCUGAUGGAGCUGGGGAAAGAAGUGAUGUUGCAGCGAUCGACGGCUGAGAAUCAGCGGCGGAAGAAGCUCGGCGAGGAAGAACAAGCAGCCGUGUUACUCAUGGCGCUCUCUUAUGCGUCUUCCGUUUAUGCUUAA